GAGAACAGUCGACGAAUUUGGGAUGACGAUGUUCGGCGUGACGACCCACGUCCACGGCUGUUGAUACCUGCCUUCCGCAUUGGUCAGUGCGCCACCUCGGAAUUCCGAUCAGGAACUCCGAGCGGGCGGGUAUGACACCAUGGGUAGGACGAGGGGAUAUAAAGUCUCCCACGACUCGCGUCCUCUUUGUGCGUAUUAAACUUCAUCAGGUACAUACUCGUUCAAAUCCCACCACUGAUUCACAAUGACAACCUACACCACCGACCACGCCCCCGCGGUCCUCCAAACCCACGGUUGGCGUACACUCGCCAACUCCGUCCCUUAUAUCCUCCCCUACCUCAAACCCGACAUGACCAUCCUCGACAUCGGCUGCGGCCCCGGAAGCAUCACAGUGGACUUCGCCCGACACGUCCCCUCCGGCCACGUCACAGGGGUCGAAUACGUCGCCGAUCCGCUCGAGCAAGCCCGAUCCCUCGCCUCCUCCAAACACGUCACCAACAUCGACUUCCAAGUCGCAGACAUCCACGCCCUUCCCUUCCCAGACAACACCUUCGACCUGGUCCAUGUGCACCAGGUCCUCCAACACAUCUCCGAUCCCGUCCUCGCGCUCCGCGAAAUGCGCCGCGUCGCGAAAUCCCACGGGGGCAUCAUCGCCGCCCGCGAAUCCAGCACACUCACCUGGUACCCGGAGAACGAAGGAAUCGCGCUGUGGUUCGAUAUCACCACCAAAAUGGCCAAGGAAAAAGGCGGAAACCCGCACCCGGGAUCCCGGAUUCAUGUGUGGGCCGAAGAGGCUGGGUUUGAGCAGAGUCGCAUUCGCAAGAGCGCCGGGUGUUGGUCGUUUAGUAGUCCGGAAGAGAGACAGUAUUGGGGCGGGUCGAUGGCCGGGCGUGCCGCAGCUUCAGGGUUCGCGACCAAGGCGGUGGAGGAGGGGUUUGCGACGAAGGAGCAGUUGGAGAGUGUUGUAAAGGGCUGGGAGGAGUUUAUCGAAUCUGAUCGCGCGUGGUUUGGUUUGUUGCAUGGGGAGAUUGUUUGUUGGAAAUGAAUUUAUAGUUUGUUGGUCCGUCUGAGGUUUGGGGGGUGGGGUCGGCAAAAUAUAUCUUUGAGCGAUGGAAGCAUGACACUACAAAACCACCUCGUACUACUCCACGAAGUAAACUUUCUUUCCUAUGGGCACUUCAUUAUUU